AUGGUCAAGGUACGGCAGAAUCUUCGGCGCAAGUUACCAUAUGACUUUGAAGAUCCUGUGCAUGCCUACCCAGAGGCAUUCGAUAUCUCGCUGCUUUUGCGAGAGGAAGAGAUGGUCAACUUGAUACUGCAGUCAUGCCCAGAAGCACUUGCUUUGGAGAAGCUGCUGCAAGCAGAGCGGCACCUUUCAUUGAUGGCACGUACUACGCAGCCUUCUGAGCUCUACGAAAAUGCAACACAGGCUUGCGAGCACAGCAGGUCUUUUCAAGAGCUGCAAAUGGGGUUCGGGUUCCAGAACAAGUACGAGGAGAUGCUUCGGAUGGGUUCCGAGCACUUGAUGAACACUUGGCUUCGAUUGGGACUCCGAGCGGACACAUUCUGUGCUCGAUUAAAGGACUUCAAUACUGUACGGCUCGAUAUAGGCAGCUUUGCAGGGGAUGGCAUGCAGGGGAAGGAAUUUAAUCGACCUGGUGGAUUUGGGUUUCACAUGCGUGAGACACAGGCCGCUUUGGCUUCAGAGAAAGAUCCGCAUGGCAGCGGAGCCCCUCACGGGGCGGUGAUCGGUGAAAGCCAUAGCACGAGUCCUCAAGGGACCGGAUUGACCGAGAUGGCAGAGAUAGCCCGUGUAGUGGCUAGUGCGGCCAAUGCUGCAGCUGAAGCAGCACGUGCAGCCGCACCUGCAGAUCGAGAUCAGGAGGUGAGCCAGUGGAGAGACUGGUAUUGGUCUCUUCGCCAAUACCUUCUGGUGGUGGAUGGAAAGUAUGAGGAUGAUCUGAACUAUGUGGAGAGGGCUGGCAUAGAAGAAGUGGCACUUCGACAACUUCUACAGAAUUGUCAGCCUUGUGCUCGCAAUCGAACCAUGGCCAUGCUCCAGAGCUUGAUGGCCUAUCCAGCGUUCAGCAUGAAGAGUUCGAUAGUGGCUCAGGUGGUGAGACUGAAAGAGAGCUUCAGCCAAUUCGAGAAGAUGGGUGGCAAGAUGACGGACGAGAUGAAAGCAGCAGUCCUCCUCAAGUGCAUCUCAGGAAAGGACCUGAAGGGCAAGGGUAAGAAUCAGAACCUUCAAGGGCAGUGGGCUCCUUCACCGACUACCUCAUGGACAUCAACAUCGAAAAGCAGUGGCAAAGGGGACCAGAAGCCCUCAGUGGACAAGAACAAGGGCCAGUCAAAGGGCAAGGAUGAGAACAUUCCGGACUCUGACUUGGACAUCGACAAGGUGAACAUCACCAUCGAUUCUGGAGCUGAUGCACCAGUUUUCCCAUCUUUUAUGAUUCAUUGUGGCCGAGAUCACAGUGGUCAAGCUGUUGCUCUACAAGAUGCUCAAGGGCGACAGAUUCCAGUCUUGGGGCAGAAGGCCAUCUCCGUACUUCUGCAAGAUGCCAAUGGGACUGAGAUUGAACUCAAAGACGAUGUCAUCUUCUCCCAUGAGAUCAGCCAGCCCAUGCUGAGCUAUGGAAGGCUCAUGAAUGCUGGAUGGAGCAUUUGCGCACAGAAGAGAUGCUUGAAGAAUGGCAACUAUGAGAUCCCGCUGGAGUUUCAGAACAACAGCUUGGUGGUGAAGGGCCAUGUGAGGAACGCAAUCGACGGAUUUGCCCAGUACCAGAAUCCACUCUUCGUGCCCAACAUUGACUACAGAGUGGACUGGUUUCGAACCACGCUCAUCAAGAAGAACCAGGCGUGGGUCAAGGUGGAGUCUUGUGAAAGGGUUUCAGGGAUGUUGGACCCCGAGCCCUACAUAGAUGAGAUUGCUGGGCGCACCAAUGUGGUCACCUUUUUGACCGACGGUUUCGAAGAUGUUGAGACCAUGGGCUCUAAGGUUGAAGGUGGAAUGGCAAGAGCGGAGUUCGAAGCCUUGGAAAGGGAGUUUCGGAGGAGCAACAACAUGUUCCCAGAGCACCUGCUGAUGGAAUUCUUGGAGAUGGAGAGCAGGGAGAUCUACAACCUGAAGGUGGUGGACAAGUUCAAGACCAUCCACUUCAACUUCAAGUUUCGCAAGAAGGAGCUUGAGUUGAUGAUGGCGCAAGCAGCCAUUGCUCAGGCUGAGGGUGUGGUUGAGAGGCAUCCCAAUGCUCAAAGGCUUGUGAAGCCACCGGAACCUCAUGAACAAGAACAUCAUGCACUCACGCAUACACCCUACUCUCCAUGGUGCUCUUCCUGCCUGAAGCAUCGUGCUCGCCCUGACCAACAUAGAAGGAGUGGAGAGGCACAUGACAUGCCAAUCCCAGUCAGUUCAAUGGACUUUGCAGUCACCAAAAAGAAGGAAGGUUUGGAUCCACAUCCUGAAGGAGCUGCAGAUGACAAAGGAGCUCUAUGGCUUGUUCUCACUGACAGCCACACUGGGUAUUUGGGAGUGGUGCCGAUUCAGUCGAAGGGCCAGCUCAACUACAUGACCCACGAGGUUCUCAGCUUUGUGCGAGCCCACCAUUCGCCAGAUCCUCAAGACCAUCGUCACCUCAAGACAGGAUGCUUGCGAGCGGGCUGGAUUGGUGUUUCCAUGCAAGCAUGCUUUGUGGAGCUGGGCUGGUCGACAUGCAGCAUGGUGUUUGAAUCCUUUUCAAGUGGGCAAAUCGCUUCUUCCCAUGAAGCUACCCAUGGCAAGCGCUACACUGGAAAGACAGCCUGCUUUGCUGAGCCGGUGUAUGCUUACUGCAAAGGCCAUGGAGUUGAGCGUCGGUUUGCAGAUGAGGAGGCAAAUGCUGUGAUGGCAUAUGCUCGAUCUCGUGAAGGUCGACUUGAGGCUCCGAGGGAGCUGAAGGAAGCAAAGGAGGAGUCAAGUGCCAAAAGAUCGAAGCAUACUGAGAGCGUGCUGCGGAGGAUUGCAAUGAGUGAGAGAAGGCUGGUGGAAGUCACUGUUGGUGAUGAGAGCUUCUACCACUUGGACAAGGCCAUCGGCCAGGAGUACCUCAACGCCUUUGAGAAUGAGAGCUUCGAGGUUGAAGAGAAGACUGUGCUCCAGGUGAACAAGAUGGAGAAGCUUUGGUCUGAUGAUCCAUUGACCAGGAGGCCACCAGAUCCUGAACCUGAAGUUGACCAAUUGGCUGCUGAAGUUGAACUACAACGGCUUCAAGACAUGGGAGUCAUUGAGCCCCUUGCUGUAGAAGAUGUUGGAUUGGGUCUUCUCACAACACGAAUAGUCUAUGAUUGGAGGAUCAAAGGGUGGAAGAACCCUAAGAAUGGAGAGACCAAGCGUGGACAAGUCCUACGACUCCUUCCAUCAAUCUACCUCAUGCUGCUUGGUGUUGAUGGAGUUCCUAGAGAAGAGCUGCAGAUUGGAGCCCUUGAUGUCAAAGACGCCUUCUUGAUGGCGAACCAGGAGGAGCCAGUUCAAAUCAGGACCAAGAAUGGUCGAUACAAGGUCAACAAGAACUUACCAGACCAGAGGUUAGCUGCAAAGGCUUGGUAUGACUAUUUGGUAUCCUUCCUGAAGAAGAGGGGAGUUGAGUUCUCCAAAGAAAAUCCGUGCUUGGGCAGACGCGCAGGGAAACUCUUCCUGUUGUUGCGCGUCGAUGACAUCAUGAUUUGCGGCUGCAAGGAUGGGGUUCAGAAGCUCAUUGCAGAGCUCAAGAAGGAGUUUGUCAUCUCCUACAAGAUUGCCCAGUUUCCAGGUGAUGAGUUUGAGUUCCAGAAGAGGACCUAUCGACUAUGUGAUGAUGGCAUGGACAUCAUGCCUGGCCGCUUUGCUGAGACAAUGAUCAAGCUCUUUGAGGAGAAGUAUGGACCUGUGAAAUGUCAGCAGGAUGAAGCUUCAUUGUACCGCUCUUUGGUGGGCAGUGGAAUCUACUUGUCACAGGAGCGCAUCGAGCGUGGCCAUGUCAUCAAGCAGUUGGCCAGUGGAAUGUCCAGCCCAACAUGUGAACAUCUACAAGUGAUGAAAUGCUUGAUUGGGUAUCUCAAAACAACUGAAGGGAACUACAACCACUUGGAGCUUCCGAACUAUGGCAAGGGCAUCCAUAUGACUCCAAAUGGGUCCCUGAAUCUUUCACUGACUCUGAUUGGUAGCAAGCAAAAAGGAAGUGGUCGCCUUCGACAUGUGUCUGGAAAGCUUUUGUGGAUCCAGGAUCAAACAAGCCCAAAGACGUUGGAGGGGAAGCAAAUCAGCACUUUGCUGAACAUUGGCGACGUUGGAAGGAAACCAUUGGCAAAGGCAAGACUUCAUGCAUUGAUGUUUUGGUGCAAGAUCUACGACAAGGAUGGCAACCAGGUGGGAGAAGCGGAGGCCAACAGGGUGAAGGAAACCAGCCUCAACAAGGCAAAGAUCAUGUGGGUGGCACAGCUCUUGCAGAAGGUGGUCAUUUUUGGAGACUAUUUUUUUUUGAGCACUCUCUUUCUCCUGCUCUUUGUGGCCGUGCUUGUGGGUUUCUUCAUCGUGUACAAGGCUUACAGGAGCCUUCAGCAAGAACUUCGGCAAGCUCUUGCAGAACUUCGACUUCGGCAAGAUCGAAUGAUGGAGAAUCAGAGCGAUUUGAUCAAUGAGAUUGGCAUGCACCAUAUCCACAUCACUAAAAUGCAUGUUGCUUUGAUCAGGCUUGGUGGCUAUGUCCAGUUCGAGCAGCCAAUCACCGAGCAAGAUUGGGGCAACUGGCACUACAUCGAGCAUGGCAAUCGAGUUGAAGAUGAUCGAGUAUGCCGACGUUGCUUGAGAAGCUUGAGAGUUUGCUCAGAGCGCCGACAGCGCUACAUGGACUCGACGUUGUCUGAGUGUUCAGACCUAGAUGAGUGGAUGGCACUACAUCAUGGAGAACCUGGCAGUGGACUUUCUCUGGCAGGUGAUGCGAGUCGUUCAGCUGAUGACUCGCCUGGUGACAAUGAAGGUGGGGAAGAAAGCAACCCGACCAAUGAUGAUGUAUCACCAGUGGCCAGUGAGAAGAACACAGUGGUUUCAGAAUGCAUGAAGGAUGAGUACCUGGAGUGGCCAAGUUGUGAUUUCUCUGCAUCGCAUGACAAAGCCCAGUUGAGCGCAAUGCAAUGGAUCUCCGACUGGGCCCAGCGCCAAGCGCGUGCCAUCGCCAAUGGCUAUGACUGUUUGGCAGCAUGGUGCAGCCGACAAAUUGAGCUGCAUAGAAUGUACAGCAGGGUAGGUGAGGUGGGUUUCCACCCAGAGUGUCGGAUUCCAAGGAUUCAGGCAGAGAGUCGAUCGGGAGAGUUGCUGCAGGGUUGUUACGUAGAAGGCAUGUGGAAAGACCUGCCAGAGGACUUGCACCGCGUCGACAAUCCGUCAGUGUCCGUGAGCACAAGACCUAGCAAUCCCAGUGCACAUUGGGUGCCCCGAGGCUACACAACCAAAUUUGCAUCCAGCUUAAACUCUGUGCUUGGCGCGGCGGGUUGCGAUGCGCCCUUCUUGGCAUACCAUCCGUUUCCAAUGGCACCGCUCACUGCUUGUAAAUAUUGUGCUGUGGCCUCUUUGAUGAAUCUACAGAAAGGCGAUGAGCUCUUUGAACUCGGAGGAGGCUGUGGCAUUGGGGCUGCAUGGUUGGCGACCUCCUUUGGAGUCAAGGUGACAAUGGUAGACCUCAUGCAGCAGCAUGUGGAUGGUGCAAAGAAGUUGGCAGACGAGGUUGGCAUAGAGAUGACUCUUCGACAAGGUGACGUGGCCGAGCUAGAUGCUUAUCCAGACGAGUCAUUCGAUGUGCUAAUUGAGAAUGGUGCCAUGACCUUCCUGGGCUCUGCAGCAGCUAUGUGCACCAUCUUCCGGCGUCAUCUCCUCAGGAUGCUUCGUCCUCAAGGAGUGAUGUGGGUGGGUGGUCUCAACAAUCCGUUCCUGCCCGAACUAUAUGUGAUUGGGCCUGAAAGAUGGGCACAAUGCUUUCAGCCUUUCAAAGACGAACAGAUCCUAUCUUAUGUUAUCUUUUCUGAAAUGCUGACUUUCGGUGUGGCGGAAUCGUGGGAUGACAGGGAGUUGAGCAUGCUGCUGAAGAAAAGAACCUCUACAUCAGCUGCAAGCUCGCCUGCAGAGAUCAUCGAAUCUGGUACGAAUGACGCCAUCAGAAUGUAUGGUUGCACAGCAGAUGUCAGUUUCCCGCCGUUGCCCUCUUUGGCUUUGGAGGUGCUUGAAAGAGAACUCCCAGAAGUUAAGUGGAGAGAUUUCCUGCGAAGUAGCUUCGUUACAGGAGCUUCGUUCUGGCUGUGUGCCAAGGAACGCUUGAAGAGAAUGAGUUUGGCAACACGUGUGGGAAGUCUGUGGACGAUUUUGGACUUUGUGGCAAACUUGGAGACCCGGCAUUUGGAGCACUUCUUCAACACCAAAUUUGAGCCCCGCUCCAACCAGUCUGACAAGGAGCAGUGGGUCGAUGAAAUGAUCGUGCCAACUGGUGUGGAUGCAGUUCUGGAUGAUUUGGAGCUUCGUCUAGAGGAGGAAGUGGGGCUUCCUGCUAGCCAUUCUGAUCCCUGGCACAUCCUCAGGUAUGAACCUGGUUACAGGGCCCACUUCAAACACACAGACUGUGAAGCUGAAGAUCUGGUUCCCAAUGAUCGCUACAUCACAGUACUGAUUUGGCUUUCGGAUUGUUGGAACUCUACUCUCCCAUGUCAGCCUUUCAAUGCGUCAGGUGCUGGCCACAUUGAUGGAGAUUUUGCCGAUGGCGCCACUGUCUUCCCUCAUUACGGCCUUCACAUGCGAAUGCCACGAGGUGGACUCGUGCUUUACAACAGUCUCCCUGAAGGUCGGUGUGACAAAUCAUCAGAGCAUUUUGCUGCAUCGUUGGAUGCUGCUGCACCGGCGAAGCUAGUGCUGACAAAGUGGUUCUAUGUGUCUCCUACGGAGCCAAACAUGCCAGAGGUCCCAGCUUCCGUUUGCAAUGGACAUCCACCAGCACAAUGCAAGCAUUUCUUCACGCCAGCAGAGGGCAUGGGUGCACAGAGAGUGCAGCAAGCUGUUGCACAGCUGCAGUGGCGCGUCGGCGAGCUUGGCGAGCUUGUAGGUGAUGACCUGGAGCAGGUGCAGGCUAUGAUGUCAUCAGAAGUCCAAGAACUGCGAGAUGCAUUGGAGCAGCAGGUCGGAGGGAGGUCUUUGGGGCAGUCGCCACACUGGCAUUCUAUGAUGGACACUUGGGCGCGACGGGUCACAACACUAGACACAAGAUUAAACAGCAUGAACGGAUGGGCUACUCGUAGGUUAAUUUAUCUUCUGCCUCCACUACGCUGUGUUGUGCUGCAGCUACACUAUUUUGCACUAUUAUGCAAGACCAGCUUACACUUUGAGCGUGCAAGAGUACUUCUCUCUCUCUCUCUCUUUUUUUGGGUGUUGUUACGUUCUUUGCAUUUGUACAUGCUCUUGGGUGUUCGGUUUGAUUUUGGGCGCCAGGGUCUGUCAACUGCCAGAUUGUGA